CUCACGUCACUUCCGGCGCGCCGUGCCCUCCUUCCGCUUCUCUGUGGUGUGUGCGCGCGGCGGGCGGAAGUGAGUCCCAGACCGAGGCUGGUCUGGAGCGCGUGGGCGUGGAGGAACAACCAUGUCAUCUGAAUCUAGCAAGAAACGGAAACCCAAAGUGAUCCGAAGUGACGGGGCUCCAUCUGAAGGAAAGAGGACUCGAUCUGAUACUGAGCAGGAAGGCAAAUACUACAGUGAGGAGGCUGAAGUGGAUCUGCGAGAUCCUGGCCGAGACUAUGAUCUGUACAAGUUCACUUGCCAGGAGCUACAGAGGCUGAUGGCUGAAAUCCAGGACCUGAAGAGCAGGAGCGGCAAGGAUGUGGCAAUUGAGAUUGAAGAACGGAGGAUCCAGAGCUGUGUUCAUUUCAUGACCCUAAAGAAGCUUAACCGUUUAGCCCACAUCAGGUUGAAGAAAGGAAGAGAUCAGACCCAUGAGGCUAAGCAGAAAGUCGAUGCCUACCACCUGCAGCUACAGAACCUGCUGUAUGAAGUGAUGCACCUGCAGAAGGAGAUCACCAAGUGCCUAGAGUUUAAGUCCAAGCAUGAAGAAAUUGAUCUGGUCAGUUUAGAAGAGUUUUAUACAGAGGCUCCACCAGACAUCAGCAAGGCUGAAGUCACCAUGUCAGACCCUCACCAGCAGACCCUGGCUCGUCUAGACUGGGAGCUGGAGCAGCGGAAAAGGCUAGCAGAGAAGUACCGAGAAUGUCAGUCCAACAAGGAGAAGAUCCUGAAAGAGAUUGAGGUGAAGAAGGAGUACCUGAGCAGCCUGCAGCCUCGCCUCAACAGCAUCAUGCAGGCUUCCCUCCCCGUGCAGGAGUACCUCUUCAUGCCGUUUGACCAGGCCCACAAGCAGUACGAGACGGCCAGGCACCUGCCACCUCCGCUCUACGUGCUCUUUGUUCAGGCCACUGCGUAUGGGCAGGCCUGUGCUCAUAUGAAAUCUUCCUCUCAACCCCCUAGACAGGAUAAGACGCUGUCCGUGGCGAUUGAGGGCAGUGUGGAUGAAGCCAAGGCUCUCUUUAAGCCUCCUGAAGACUCUCAAGAUGAUGAGAGCGACUCCGAUGCUGAGGAGGAGCAGACCACAAAACGGCGGCGACCCACUCUGGGAGUUCAGUUGGAUGACAAGCGCAAAGAAAUGCUGAAGAGACACCCGCUGUCUGUCUUGCUUGACCUGAAGUGUAAAGACAAUAGUGUGCUUCACUUGACGUUCUACUACCUCAUGAACCUCAACAUCGUGACCGUGAAAGCCAAAGUGACAACUGCCACGGAGCUGAUCACCCCCAUCAGUGCGGGAGACUUGCUGUCUCCUGACUCGGUCCUGAGCUGCUUGUACCCUGGGGAUCAUGGAAAGAAAACUCCAAAUCCAGCCAACCAGUAUCAGUUUGAUAAAGUUGGCAUUCUGACUUUGAGAGAUUAUGUACUUGAGCUAGGUCACCCAUAUUUGUGGGUACAGAAGCUGGGCGGCCUCCACUUCCCCAAAGAGCAGCCCCAGCACAUGGUGAUGGCCGACCACUCGCAGAGCGCCAGCCACAUGGAGACCACCAUGAAACUGUUAAAGACCAGGGUGCAGUCCCGUCUGGCUCUCCACAAACAGUUUGCAUCUCUGGAACAUGGCAUUGUACCCGUUACCAGUGACUGCCAGUACCUCUUCCCUGCCAAGGUGGUCUCUCGUCUUGUAAAGUGGGUGACAAUUCCCCAUGAGGAUUACAUGGAGCUGCAUUUCACCAAGGACAUCGUGGAGGCAGGACUAGCUGGUGACACCAAUCUCUACUACUUAGCACUCAUUGAAAGGGGCACAGCCAAACUCCAGGCUGCUGUGGUGUUGAACCCUGGCUACUCCUCUAUCCCACCCAUAUUCCGGCUCUGUCUGAAUUGGAAAGGGGAGAAAACCAACAGCAACGAUGAUAAUAUUCGGGCUAUGGAGAGUGAGGUCAAUGUGUGCUACAAGGAGCUUUGCGGCCCCCGGCCCAGCUACCAGCUCUUGACCAACCAGCUGCAGCGGCUGUGUGUGCUGCUGGACGUCUACCUGGAAACUGAGAGCCAUGACGACAGCGUGGAGGGGCCCAGGGAGUUCCCCCAGGAGAAGAUGUGCCUGCGGCUCUUCAGGGGUCCAAGCAGGAUGAAGCCAUUUAAAUAUAACCAUCCUCAGGGAUUCUUCAGCCAUCGCUGACCUCCCUCUUAGCCUGUUGUCCCACCAAGACCCUGACCUGAGUUCCCAGUCUAUGCUUUCUGCUCUGGCCACGUGUUCUUGUUAUUCUCCAAAGACAUUAGCUAAUUAAAGUGUUACCUGACCAA